AGAAUUCUAAUGCAAACUCUUGGAAACAGAUCUAUGUAAACGCUAGUUGCAUAUGGUUUGCUAUCAAGUCAAAGUAUCAACAUCGAAUUUUACAAUUUGCAGAAAAAGAUCACUACAAUCGUGGUACUGUUAACUAGAAGAAGACAUCAACAACAAUGGCUUUCAGAGUAAUCGGUUUUAAUGAUCCAAUUUUCUCAGGCCUUCAAGACAUGCUUGGCGUAUCAGAUCAUGAAGUUGAAAAUCCGGCAAACACACCAUCAACUAAAUAUGUAAGAGAUGCAAAAGCAAUGGCGGCAACACCGGCUGAUAUAAAGGAGUAUCCCGACUCUUAUGUGUUUGUACUUGAUAUGCCAGGGUUGAAGUCAGAGGAAAUCAAAGUUCAGGUGGAAGUUAAUAAUGUACUUGUUGUGACCGGAAUGCGGCAACGGGAAGACGAAUGGGAGAAAGAAGUUAAAUAUGUAAGGAUGGAAAGAAGGAUUGGGAAAUUUAUGAGGAAAUUUAUACUACCUGAAAAUGCAAAUAUUGAUGCAAUUUCAGCUGUUUGUGUUGAUGGUGUUCUUACUAUUAGUGUUGAGAAAUUGCCACCACAACGCAAGAAGCCUAGGACUAUUCAGGUUCAAAUUCGGUGAGAAAAUAGUUUGUCGUGCCGGAACAAGUUUUUUAUGGAGAUGUGAUCUAAAUGAAAUGUGUAAAUGUGUUUUUACUUUUUAGGUGUAUGCUGGAAGUGAUUCUUUUUUUUUUUCUAAUGGUCUAUUGUGUACUUUUGU